GAGCCAGCUCCACGGGCUGAGCCAAUCGAUCCGAGGCCUCCGAGUUCGAGUUCGCCAUGGCCGCUUUGCGCGCAGCUUUUGGCUCUUUCCGCGUCGCGAGCGCUCCUGCCUUUCGCCUGCGAGGCUUCUCUGCGGUGAGGUUCGCCCCGACACACGAGUGGUUCAAGGCCGACGGUGACUCGGCGACCAUGGGCAUCUCAGACUUUGCCCAGGGCCAGUUGGGCGAGGUGGUCUACUGCGAGCUGCCGGAGGUGGGCGCCAAGUUUUCCGCCAAGUCCACGCUGUGCACCCUGGAGAGCGUCAAGGCAGUGGGGGAGGUCUACGCGCCUUUGGAUCUCGAGGUGACCGCGGUGAAUGAAAAGCUGCAGGACGAGCCUGCCACGGUAAACAGCUCUCCAGAGGACGACGGCUGGUUGGUGAAGGUGAAGUUUACGGGGGACGUGAAUUCGCUGAUGGACCGUGAGGCCUACAUGAAACAUUUGGAAUCGGAGAAGACGGAGGAGUAAGCUGGCCCCUCGGGGCAGCGCUGUCAGCUGGCCGAGGAGCCGCGAUGGCGAUGGCGAUGGCUUUCCAUAGGUCAGAGAAAGGGUCGCCCCUUUGCCCAGCAAUUCCGUUG